AUGUUUACCACCACACUUCUGGAGUUUUGGGAUACACCAGCAAAAAUCAGAUCUCAUGACUCUUUCAGCUUCUACAUCGACGAAGCCUCUCCAGUGGGACCUGAGCAGCCAGAAACCGUCCAGAAUUUUGUCUCUGUGUUUGGCACUGUGGCCAAAAAGCUGAUGAGGAAGUGGCUAGCCACUCAAACAAUGAACUUUACAGGUCAGUUGGGAGCUGGGAUCCGCUACUUUGAUCUCCGAAUUUCCACCAAGCCCAGAGACCCCAAUAAUGAGCUCUACUUUGCUCAUGGUUUGUUCAGUGCCAAAGUCAACGAAGGCCUCGAGGAGAUCCAUGCCUUCCUCUCAGAGCACCCGAGGGAGGUGGUGUUCUUGGACUUCAACCAUUUUUACGGGAUGCAGAAAUACCACCAUGAAAAACUGGUCCAAAUGCUGAAAGACAUCUAUGGAAAUAAAAUGUGCCCAGCCAUUUUUGCCCAAGAGGUUAGUCUAAAGUACCUUUGGGAGAAGGAGUACCAAGUACUGGUCUUUUAUCACAGCCCGGUGGCUCUGGAAGUGCCCUUUCUCUGGCCUGGGCAGAUGAUGCCAGCACCCUGGGCCAACACCACAGACCCAGAAAAACUGAUCCAGUUUCUUCAGGCAUCGAUCACUGAAAGAAGAAAGAAGGGCUCAUUUUUCAUAUCUCAGGUGGUGCUGACACCUAAAGCUAGCACUGUGGUCAAAGGAGUAGCCAGUGGCCUCAGAGAAACAAUCACAGAAAGAGCUCUUCCAGCCAUGAUGCAAUGGGUUCGCACUCAGAAGCCAGGAGAGAGCGGUAUCAACAUCGUCACUGCUGAUUUUGUAGAACUUGGAGAUUUCAUCAGCACUGUCAUCAAGCUCAACUACAUCUUCGAGGAAGGAGAAGCCAAUACUUGAUAAUACCAUGUGGAGUGUUCCUGAGUCAGACAGAAAUGGCCCAUUGUUUUAGGCAUAAAUUAUCUUUAAAUACGUUGACCUUCCAUGCCAGAGUCUCUAAGGGUAUCUGUACCAGUAGUGGGUGGGCAAAGGGAGAAGCCAUUUCUUCAGUGAUAAUUAAAAUAUUCUGCAUUACUAUAAAUAUCUCAUUUCCCAUUUGAUGAGCAAAAUCUACUGCUAGUGUUCAAGGUCAAAAGACCAGUGACUUCUGUUUCUCAGAAUUAGUCUUUGUAAUGUAAUACCCAUGAGUGUUUAUUUGAUUGUGCUUCUGAUUUCAGCCAUUGGCUCCUCUGUUGUCUGUGUUCUCUAACUGAUACCUUUUGCUCACUCUCUCGCUCGCUUCUUUGAACCAGAUGUUGUGUGGAACUCUAAACAAUUGAAUGCCCAAAAUAAUAUGUAUUAUGUUGUUGUACCGAUAUUUAUUUGUUUUGUGGAAUUUGGUAUAGUAUUCUGUAGUCAUUGCAAUCAAAAAAAUCAUUGCUAAGUUUUGGUCAUUGAAAAUAUGCAUUAAAUGAGACCCCUGCAUCAGUAAUA